UUGUCGUUUUGCAUUUAUUUUGCGGCAAUUUAAACAAAAAGAAUGCUCCGCAUAACACAAACGAAAAACACUUUACUCGAUGGCGCCACAAUUGCCGAGCAACUGUACGCCACGCCCAAGGACUGCGAGCAGUUCUUCGAGAGCAUUGAAAAGCCCACAGAGUUGGUUGUCGCUCCACGUUCCACUUUUAUACGCGCCGGGGUGCUGACCACGGUGCGCGGAUCUGCAUACAUGGAGUAUGGCAAUACGAAGAUGAUGGCCAUUGUGGCACCACCACGCGAACUGGUCCGCUCCAGUGCGGGUCGCGUCAACAUGGGCGUCCUCAAUUGCUAUGUGAAUUUUGCGGCCUUUGCCAGUGGGGAGUUGGCAUCGCUACCAGAGCGGGAGAAACACUUGGGCAGCAUGCUCACCAAGGCACUGGAGCCGCUCGUCUGUCGCAACGAGUUCCUCAACUUUCAACUGGACAUCCGAGUGCUCAUCUUGGAUGACGAUGGCUGCCUGCUGAGCACUGCGAUCAAUUGCUGUGGCGUCGCACUGGUUGAAUGCGGCAUCUCCACGUAUGAUUUGAUAGCCGCCUCCACGGCAUGCAUCUAUCGCGACCAAGUGUUUCUCAAUCCCAGUGCCAAGGUGGAGGAACUACUUUGGCAGCAUCGAGGCGGGAAUGCGCUACUGGGCAGCAGCAGCAGCAGCAAAAAAGAUGAAAAGGCUGCCACAAUUCAGGAGUAUGGCCUGCUCAUCAAUGCCAGCAUGGACAGCUUUGAGCAGCUGGCGCAGUGCCAGCAGUGUGGCUACCUCAAGCCCGAGACCUAUGUGAGACUGCUCGACUACACGCUCCAGAUUAACAAAUCGCUGCGUGAGCUCAUCAAACGUGUGCUUACGGAACGGGUCAAGGAGCAGCAUGUGCUGGAUAUGCGUGAGCGGGACGAGGAGCGGUUGGAGGAUGAGCGACUGGCGACGAUUAUUGAGAGACUGCAACAGCAGGGCCUCAACGAGUUCAUCCAGUCCAAUAUCAAAGAGGAUCCCUAUACGAAAAAAUAAAAGUUGUACCUAAAACUGAA